UUUAAAGUUUUAAGAUUCAUUUACCAGAGCAGAACGCGACUAAAUGUGGUGACGUCAGGUUGUCGCAGCGUGAUGACGACACUCGGUGCUAAAGCAAGAUGGCUACGUCGGGUUGGCUGCAUGGCGCAGCUGGUGUGCGGCUAACGGAGGGUUUAGUGUCCGUUCUGAAGGAGCAGCGUCCGGAAUAUUUACCUGCUUUGUUGGCCAGCUACAGAGAACACGGCGUGCUCGUCGCGCAGAGCUCUAGCACUGUUGGCGGUCUUGUGGGUUUCAGCAAUGCCAAACUGGGUUCGAGCAAGACCAAAUUUGAAGGGCUGUGCCUUCUCUCCAUGCUGGUUAAGGACAGUUCCAGUGAUCUGUUUCAGCAGCACUGCCUGUCGUGGCUGCGCUCCGUGCAGCAGGUCAUACAGUCUCAGGCUCCGGUUCAAACCAUCCAGCUAGCGGUGAACAUUCUGAAGGAUUUGUUGCAGUAUUCUUCUCAGCUAGCAGAGCUGGCCCGGGAGGUCGGCCUCAACGCCAUCCUCGGCAUCCUCACGUCUCUGCUCGGCCUCAAGACAGAGUGUGAGCUGGCAGCCAUGGAGGGGAUGAUCGCCUGCAUGUCGUAUUACCCCAGAGCCUGUGGAUCCCUCAGGGACAAACUGGGAGCUUAUUUUCUCUCGAAAAUGGAAAGUUCCAACAAGAAAACACAAGAGGUGGCCUGUCAGUGUUACGCACGAUUGCCCUGUCUGGGCGGCCUGUUGGACAGAGGGAUGGGUGCUGGCAGAGCCGAGGGCUGGGCUAAUCAGAUCCACUGUUUACUGGCCUCGGCUAAUGGCCUCCUGGCUCAGAUAUACCAGGGAUCAGAAACAGAUGGAACGGUGCAGUAUGAAGGUCCCGGGGUGGAGCUCGUCUUUCCUGAUCUCGACCAGUCGGACCCUCUGGUGCUGCUGCAGCUCCAGCACAGAUACACUGCCGCCUGCCUGGCUCUCAAACACACACUCAGGGUGGAUCCAUCUUCAGCAGUCCGCCUGCCCGUCAGACCCGUCCUCAACCUGGUGUGUCGAGCCCUCGCCGUCAGCUCCAAGAGCAUCAAUACAACAGGUGAUGGAAGUCUGAGGGUCCUGCUGCUUCCCAUCGUUCACACCAACACGCUGGACGUCCUGUCGGCGCUGAUCACAGUGGUUCGUCACGGGAUGGUUCAGUACGCCUCUGUACUCCAAAGGCUGUUUUCUCAAACCCUGUCGGCCUGGACGCCGCUGUCAGAAAGCACUCUGGGCCAGCAGAGAGCCUACAGUUCAGUGAGAGUAUCUGUAUAUAGAACCUUGGAGCUCUGGGUCCAAGUGGUGGGAGCUUCUGCCGGUAUUCUUCAGGCAACAUCUGGACAAACAGAUCUCCUGUUUAUCCACCUGCUGGGUGACAUCACUCCAGGGGCCGACUCUGUCAAGCUCCGAGCUGGCCUGUCAGCUGAUGUGGUUCCCGGUGGGAAACCCGGCCCGCGCCGCACAAAGCAGCUGGUCAUGGCAGACACUGUUGGACCGUCACUCCAGAGGAAAGGAGACCUUUUGGCCAAUCAGGACACGUGUCUGUCAGCCCUCAGGGCUCUUAGACAAAUCAUACUGACCAGCGGCACGUUGCUAAAGGACGACAUACACAAGCGUCUCCACGGGGUGGUCUUACCGCUGUGUGUCCGCCUGCAACAGCAGCAGUCCAGUAGCAGUACUGCAUGUGAACCUGCAGGGGGCAUCAGCGGUCAGUACAGCAGUGCCUUUCCUCGCCGAGAACUCUACAGACUGUUACUGGCGUUGGUUCUGGUACCAUCACCCCGUUGGCCCCCGCCGCUGACUUGUGCUGUAUCCAUUCUGAGCAACGGUCGUACCGACCGCAACCACAAGGUCUCCUUAUUCUGCACUGAGGCUCUGACUAUCUGUAACUCCCUGGUGCACCCUCGCACUCCUUCCAUUGCGCUCCCCUUACCACCACUCACCCUGAAACCCACUCCCAGCCCCCACGUCAUGCCCUCACCCCAAGUACCGGCUCCUGGACUCACUUUGCCAACCCUCCUAGGAGGCCCGUCCGCCAGCACUCCCUUCCCCACCAGGCACUCCCUCAGCUUGGGCCCCGGUUCCUUGCUGGGUACUUUGGAGAACCACCUUUCCCUUGUUCCAGGGCUCCAGGGUCAGGGCCCCCCUCCAGCUGAGAUGAUCCUUUCUCCACGCACGCACCACCACCCAGAUCCAGGCAGUCUGGGGCCUCCCGAGGGACAGAGACCUGUUUUUGUCCGCUACGACAAAGAGGAAGCGGAGGACGUGGAGAUCUCUCUGGCCAGUGAUUCUGAUGACAGUGUGGUUAUUGUUCCUCCGGGGAUGCUGAACAACCAACAAGAUGAAACGCCAGCCUCAACUAACUCCACUGUGCACAACAUGGCCUCCUCUGCACCAGGGGGUGCCACUGGCACCCUACCAGGAGGUGAGUCUGGGGUCACCAUGGUCCCCACUACAGCCUCAACAACCACCAUAGAGGGAGUCUCGCUCUCCAAUGACGUUUCCACCUCCUCUUCCCUUCUCACAACUUCCAUCACCACCCCCGUCAACUCGUUCCCUCCUCCCAGCACUUCUGUGGUGUCUUUGAUUCCACCUUUGAACUCCACCACACCCACUGCUCCCCCUGCUGGUGUGGGGGAGACGCUGCCAGGGAGACCACAGCUGCAGCAGAUGCUGAUGCAGUCGUCCACAUCUGGCCAGCCCGGUCCCAUGGGCCUCCCGCUCCAAAUGCACCAGCUGCAGAAUCCUUUAAGCCAGCAGGGGCGGCACGUCCCGCAACACCAGCCCCCCGCCAGCAACGAGGAGUCCGCCGUCAUCAACAUCAACAGCACCGACGACGAAGAGGAAGACGAGGACGACAUGGAGGACGAUGAAGAGCUGGAUGAAGACGAGGAAGGUAUGGAGGACGACGAAGAGGAUGAGGAAAUGAGCGAGUAUGGGGAAGAAUAUUAUGACGGAGAGGACUACGAGGAUUACGAUGAAGAGGAGGGUGAGGAGCUAGACGAAGAGGAGGAAGAAGAGGAGGAGGAUGAAGAUGGGGAUAUCCCACCACUGGAGGGAACAGAGGACAAGGCUGGAGAAGCUGAGGCAGAAGAAGUGGAUGUAAUCCAAGCAGCGGUGGUUGAAGGAGAAGUGGGUGCUUUCAGUGUGGAGAGAGAAUCGGAAGGAGGGAUAGAGGAGAUCCAGACGAACAGAGCGGUGUUUGAGGACGACAGAAUGAAAGUGCAGGAGGUGGAAAGUAUCGGAGUCCUGGAGGAGGCGAGGGAGGGAGAAGAAGAAGACGAGGACGAGAGCGAAAGAAUGGACGACCCCACCAUGCCCCAGAUCUUGUGUGUCACCGGAGGAGCUUUGGAGGAGAAAGAGGAAGAGGAAGCGGAGGAGGAGGAGGGAGCAGCAGCAGGAGGAGGAGGAGGGGCUGUGCAGGAGGAGACGAGGUCCUGGGAAGAAGAAGGAAAUGAGGUCGAGCAAAUGGCCUCAUCAGAGGAGCAAACAACCAAUCAGGAUCAACAGGAGCUAGCGGCCCAGCCUCCGCCGGAGAGCAGUUUGAGUGACAGCCAGCCUCCAAGCCAUCAGGAGGAGCAGCAGCAGGAAGCUCCUCAGGGUGCUGACUCCACCGCCGCAGAACCUGAACCUGCCACAGACCAAAACCGAAACGAGCAAGAGGAGGCGAAGGCCGAGAAGAGAGAAGAAAUGAAGGUGAAGCAGGAGGUGGAGGCCAACGGGGAAGACGGGGAGGAAGACAAGGGCAAAGGGGUAAAACGAAAGAGAGAGGAGGCACAGACGGAGGAGGAGGAGGCGGCACAAAGUCCACAGAAGAAGAAGGUGGACGAUGAAGCUAUGGCAUCCAUGUUGGCGGAUUUCGUGGCGUGUCCACCUGACGAUGAAGACGGCACCUCUGGAUCAAACCGCUCAUGAAUAUUCACAGCCUGAAACAAUGUCGUGGAUUUACAAACUGUUUGUGUCAGUGUCAUGUUGAAAGUUCAGUUCCGUUUUCAUUCUUCGUCACUCGUACCGCCAUAGACAUUUUUCACUAAAUUGUGGCCUCCAGUAGUGUUUGUUUAUUUAUUUUUUUUCUUUUCCAAGCAGUGUCGCCGGCUUUGAUGUGCACCGUGUCAGUUUUGGGAAUGUCUCUACAGUCCACAUGGAGAAGACAAGCAGCAAAGAGAAGCUGCGUGAAGUGUAACCCGUGACUGCGGUGCUUUGGCCUGAACACAGUCCAAACAGUUCCACGUGUGAUGUGUUUUUGUUUUUCAGGUUAUUGUUGUU